GGCCACUUCAGUGGAGUCUGUCCCAUAGGCUCCCACUUCUUCCAGCGCCAAACACCACCGCUCUGCAGAGCCCAGAUCCCAUUCAGCAUUUUUCACCUCUAAACUGAGACUUUUUCCAACAGAACACUGCUUUUAAAAAACGUUGGAUGGUUUUCUCAGAGGUGCGGGGAAGAUGCAGAAGAAAUGCAAUUCUUCUGCAUCUGAGAAAAAGCAUCUCUCCAUCUGAGACGGUCACUGGACUGGUCAUGGUUAUGCACUGAGCGUUAAGCUGAAAGACUUUUCUUUUCCACUAGCUGAAUCUUCCGUAAGAACGCUUGCGGAGAGAAAAAACAUUACUUUUUUGUGUUCCCAGACUAAGGAGUAAAAGUUUGGAGAACUGUGCUGAACAUGCGUCCGGUUCUGGUUCUGGUCGGAUUAUUUCUGCUCUCUUCUCCAUCAGCAAGAGCGGAGCCGGAGCUGCUGGAGGAGGCAGAGGAGGAAGAAGAGGAGAGCUCCUGUCACGGCGCCUUUGACCUGUACUUUGUGCUCGAUAAGUCUGGCAGUGUGAUUGGCCACUGGAAUGAAAUCUUUGAAUUUGUGAAGAACUUGGCAGAGAAGUUUAAAAGUCCCAUGCUGAGGAUGUCCUUCAUAACAUUCAGCUCCAGAGCGUCCACCAUCAUGAAGCUAACAGAAAACAGAGUGAAUAUCCAAAAGGGCCUGAAUGCUCUGAAGAAAGAGAAACCUGGUGGGGAUACUCUGAUGGACCUGGGGCUGCAGAGGGCAAACGACCAGAUACGCAAGGAAAACUUUGGGACAGCCAGUGUGAUCAUCGCUCUGACAGAUGGUGACCUGCAAGAGCAGCAGCUCUUCGAUGCACAACAGCAGGCAGAGGAAGCCAGACGCCUGGGAGCGAUCGUGUACUGUGUUGGUGUCAAAGACUUUAAUGAAACACAGCUGGCCACCAUUGCGGACACCAUAGAGCAUGUGUUUCCUGUGCUAGGAGGGUUCCUUGCCCUGAGGGGUGUCAUCGACUCGAUUAUCAAGAAGUCCUGUAUUGAAAUAUUGGCAGCAGAACCGUCGAGUGUGUGUGCAGGAGAGACAUUUCAAGUCGUGGUGAGAGGAAACGGAUUCCUCCACGCAAGAAACAUCGACCAGGUGCUCUGCAGCUUCAAAAUCAACGAUACCAUCACAGUCAAUGAAAAGCCUGCUGGUGUAGAAAACACAUUCUUGCUGUGUCCAGCUCCUGUCAUCGAUGAGGUUGGAAAGGUGAUUUAUCUCCAAGUGAGCAUGAACGACGGUCUGUCCUUCAUCGGCAGCAAUGUCCACAUCACCACCACAGAGUGUUUUGAUGGCACCAUCCUGCUGAUAACGCUGCUGGUGUUGUUCCUCCUGCUGGCCCUCCUCUUCAUGUGGUGGUUCUGGCCUCUGUGCUGCACAGUGGUGAUCAAGGAGCCUCCACCUCCUCCACCUCCUGAGCCUGAAUCAGAUGAUGACGAUGGCCUGCCAAAGAAGAAGUGGCCCACUGUGGACGCCUCAUAUUAUGGAGGGAGGGGAAUCGGAGGAAUCAAGAGGAUGGAGGUACGAUGGGGCGGUAAAGGAUCCACCGAGGAAGGGGCUAAGCUGGAGAAGCCGAAGAAUGCGGUGGUGAAGAUGCCGGAGCAGGAGUACGAACCGUAUGAGCCCAAACCCAAGAAAGCUCACAACAAGAAGCCGCCUCAAAACCGGAAGUGGUACACACCCAUCCAGGGUAAGCUGGACGCCAUCUGGGCUCUGUUUCGCCGCGGUUAUGACCAGGUCUCCCUGAUGAGACCCCAGCCUGGUGAUCAUGGUCGAUGCAUCAACUUUACAAGAGUAAAAGAUGAUUCAGCAGCAACCAAGGCCCCUCCCCAUACUCCAAUUCAUGCGCCAUCGCCACCUCCUCCGGACUACCGUCCCAUUACCCGCUCCACCUCCUCAUCUCCUACCUUUUCCAGCCCACCCACCAGAUCACCACCGUCAGGCCAGGUGCCUCUGGGGCCCCCGCCGUCCCGCACGCCUCCAGGGCCGCCUUGUCCUCCACCAGCCCGUCCUCCGCCCUCCCUUCAACCCUAAAUCAUACAGACAAACCUCCUCCGCCCUCCCUCCCUAUACACUUUGAUAUCACAUUGAUAUUACUACCCGUCUGAGCAUGUGUUUAAUCUUAAAGGAGGUGGUCCUGCUGCCAAGUAUCCUCCUGCCUUAUAGCAAAGAUCAGCUGCAUGCUGAACCUGAGACAUGUGUCUUCCUUCUGUCGUCUGGAAUAGAGUCUCAAGCUAAGCUGCAAGCUCACAAUUAUAGUCAUGUGACAUGCUCUUGUGUCUUUACGUGGUUAACUACGGAUUAAAAAUGUGCUUGAGUUGAAUGCUUUCUGUAACUAAUGCCAAAGCAAAUGCUGCAUAAGUCGAUGGGCAAAAACAUUUCUUAGAACUGUGGUUUAACCUGACAUUCUAUCUCACACAGAUCACGUAACGCCAUUUCUGAGAUCUUGAAAGGAUUGUUGCUGGACAGCAAAGCAAAGAAGAAAGGGAUGUCUAUCGAUGUGCAUUGAAAGAUAUUUAAAAAUUGUCUGUCUUUAUCAACUACUGAGUUUUGAGUUAUUUUUGCCACCUUCUCCAUUUCGUAUCUUUGCAGUUUUGAUGAUCUAGUGCCCGACUUUUUGGGUCUGUCGCAAUAAGUUUUGUACGAUAUAAAACUCAUGAUUUACUAAGCCAAAAUUUAAUUUUUAAGUAUUUUUAAAAAGAAAUUAUUGCAUAGACCCUUUGCAACUACGUCAUUGAUCAGUAGAGGCGCCAUGAUGGACGUAGUAAGUGACUGAUGGGAGCAUUAAACUUGUUUUCCCAAGUUGUUUUAGCCAGUAUAGCCACAGCUUGCAAUCGCUUAAUUCAAGCUAAUUUGUCUGUGGGCGAAGCUUAUCUAGUUGGGGUUCAUAGUUAGUGGUAUUGACAAAAGUUGGAACUAGUUAGGAGGAAUGGAGGGCUCAAGACCGGUGUUGGCCUCGGUCAGCAAUAAAACGUAAAUGUGAAACUUGCAUAACCGUAAAAACUCGCAGCAACGCUAAAACACUAUCUUAGCCACACAAGCUUUAAAUUAAGACACAAACUUUGCUCUUUCCAACGAUAUGAGAAUUGUCUAACUACGAGCAAAACUAACAGAACUAGCAGCCAAUGAAGAGGAAAAACAAGGCUUAUGUCGUCAUGCCAAAAACAUAAAUUCAGUCUUACCUUCGAUGUUUUAUGGCUAUAAUCCGUGCCGGCGGAAAUAUUUCCACUUCCUGCACUCGGCUGUCCUUGCGUCAUCUUUGUUGGUGAUUUUCGGAAAUCCCACGGGAUCUAUUGGCUCUGAUAGUUUUGGGAAUUCCCCCUGUGAGGUAGUUUGUGUUCCUGUAUGUUCUAGGCACACAAAUGAUUAGGCAUUUUAAUAUGCUUAAUAAUUUAUUAAUAUGUCCAGGAAAUGUUUUAGGAGCAGUGAGCGUUUUAACAUCUAAUUAUUUAUGGCUAUAUAUAUGUUUUUAUGUGACACAUCUUUAUUAGACUAAUGUAUCAAUUUAUUUUCAUUUAACAUACAACUAUUGUGCAAUGUAAGCUGAUUAAUUCAGUUUUGAUAAUGUGUAUCAAUGUGUGGCUGCAUUUAAUAACUUAAAUAUUAGUUUAUUAUGACCAUUAUCAAUUUAAAACCAAGGAGUAAUUUUUGUUAUGUAAAUAACUUUUUUUCCCCCAUUAAUUUGUGCUUUUUUGGUGUACAAAAAGCAAUGUCCUGAAAUAUUUGUUGAAGUCAAACAUUCAACUUCAGCCUUGGUCUUGGUCUCUGAAGAACCGGUCUUGACUCCAUCCUUCCUAGCUAGCUUAGAAAGCGACCCAUAAACACUUCGUCCCCUUGAAGUGUUUGUUGAGUUGAUCAAACAAUUCAACUAACACUUCACGGAUUUUUUUAUUUUUAUUUUACCAAUCUUUCUAACGGUAAAAAAGGUAAAGACCUUUUCUUUUUUUUUUUUUAUCGGAAAAAAGUUUUUUGCGAUAAACAUUUUUUAUUGUAAAAAGGUUUACAAUAAAUUUGCCUGAAUUCACACCAUAUGAUUUGUUCCACUGUAUCUAUAAGCUUAUUAGUUGUUUUUUUUGGUACAUGGAGGCUACAUGAUGGUGGGGUAUUUUCUCCAUAGUUACUAAUGAUUAGACGCAUAGCAUCUCCAUAAUGCAACAUUUGUUUGCAUCUUACUAAUCAUACUUAUCAAGUAUAUUAUUGUUUAUUUUUUCACAUUGUACCUUACCUUCUUUCCUCAACAAAAGGUUUAUGAUAAAAGUCUGGUUUACGUCCUUGUCUGUUUGUGCAGCAUCCUAUGAAAUCAACUAAAUAACUGCGAUAUUAGGCUACCAACCAUCGGUACUUAAAUCACGCAUACGUUGUGUUGAUGUCCAUCAUGGUGGAGCGGGUCGGUUUCUGAAGAGUGUCACGUCACGUGCAAAGGGUCAAAUACACUGUGGCUUAAAUAUAUCAAUAUGAAAAAGGUUGUUGAUGAUAAGUACCAAAUAGAAACAAGAACAGACAAAAAAAAAAAACAUGGAAUCCAGUAGGUACAACAUAGCGGUCCAAAUUUGUGAAAGGAGCGAGCUGAUCCAGAACCAGUUAGGCUGAUGAUGUAAAGGCAAGAAGUUACGUUUUAAAUGAGAUGUAAAAUGCGAUGUGGUUUGGCAAACGGAAGGUUUUGGUGUGGCACUUCUUCACGUUACAUGCUACUCAGAGACGCCUUAAAUCAGCAAAUACCAGCAAUUUAUUGGCAGAAAUAUUACAGUGUGUGGUUGAGAUUUGUGGCCCAGUUUUAACUAAUGGGAGGAUAUGUGUUUUUUGUUAUGUAUUUCAGGUGUGUUUUAAAUGUUAUGUUGAUUGAAAUGUUUUAGGUUUGAACUUUGGAGCAAGGUGAGAGGGAAUAUAUCAUUUUGUAUGUUUGUUCCCUUUUUUUUGUCAUUAUUUUGUUUUGAUAUCCGAGCACAUCAUCUGUUGAGCUACUAGGGUUUGUGUUUGUUUUGUUAGCAUCUGGACACUGAAACUAAUGCAAUCAAGCAUCCAGGAAUCAGAAUCAGGUCCCUUUUUUUGUUUUGCUUCUUUCAGUUUUUCUUUUUCCUUUUCUAUUUUUUUUUUUUUUUUUUUUUUUGUAAAACAUUUUCAAUACUGUAUUUUAAUGAUGUUCUGUGUAUUUUACGUUUUCGGUUUUGUCAUUCACCACCGGUCACAUUGCAACUGCAGGGCAGUUCAAAGAGCAUCUAAUUUAUUUUACUCCCAGACAGAAAUGCUGGAGGGUAUCGAAACAAAUGACAAGGUGUCCAAUCACUGACACUGACACUGUGCGAAUUUAAAAAAAACACAUUAGUUAUCUGUUAAGAAAAUCAUAUUAGGCAUGUCAGCGUUGCAUGGCACUUUAGUUACACUGUAAAACAGGUUGCUUAAACUAACAGGUUUAGUACAAUUUAAUGUCAUUUACAUCUGAGAAAGUUAAAAAUGACAAAAAACUAAUAAUUAAAUAAAACUAUAUUAUUUUUAGGGCAUUAGCACAAAAAGUGGGCUGCAGCGCCACCUUGUCUUAAUCAAGGGAUAUAGCAACUUAACAGAAACAUUACUGUUGAUCAGUACAUAUUGUACUGAUAUUCUCGGCAGCAGCAAAACGAAUAUCAGGUUUUUUUUAUUAGUUAGUUUUUUGAAUUACUUAAACAAAACAGUUGAUUUUAGCACUGACAAAAAAAUUUUUUUUUGUAAAAUUAGGCCCCGGCUAGAUUGAUUGCCACCACAGUAUGGGGCCACAAAGUUAUUAUUCACAACCUCAAAAUCUUGAUUUUGACUAACACGGUAUUACACAGUAUUUCCCCCGAAAGAGUUUCUUUAGUUUACAAUAGAGGUUUAAAAUUAAGAGAGUCGGUAUGAAGCAAAAAAAAUAAAAAAAGUUGUGUAAAAUUCCUUUGAUUCCACUCAGCUGGGUGAAGCUGACAUUGAAGGUGACAGUGAGUCUUUGUGUCAUUAUAUUCAGCAUUUUCCAGAUAUCCAGUCUGUACAGAUAUGCCAUACACAGCAUUUUAGAAAAAAAAUCUCUGCUUUUUAAAAUAUUUUCUGUUUUAAUUUCAAAGAAUUCUUUGUACAUGGAUUGGAGAUGCAAGCAAAGAAGAAACACAUUUGCAAAAUAUUUGUGCUAUUGUGGACAGUGUAUAAAGCUAGCAGUAGUAGCGCAGCACAGCUCAGCUCUACAGGAAUUCAGACAAAUUGUUAUUUAGAUCGCCUGUAGGUAAUUGCAACAAAAUUUAAGGCUUUUUUGGGGGGCUGGAGUAUUUCUGUUUACUUAUAGGAAAUUAAUAACAACCAUGACAUGAGGUCUAAUCAUCUGGUUGAUUAUAUCUAGAGUGAAUAUUCUUCUGUUGAAGACUUUUCACGGUUUCUUGCGUAAACUUCACCAGUUCUUCCCUCUGACCUGUCAAAGGCUCUAGAGAAGAAGUUUGCCACACUUGUAAUCCUGUUUUGCAAAGCCUUCUGGGAUUUUUGUUUCAUUUUAGCGUAUGUCAGUUACUAUUUGUAUUAUUUUGAAACAUGGGCGUUUCAGCGAUUUUUGUAACGUGCCAACUCACUCACUGUACACCAAGGUUCCUGUGCUUCAGUUGAAUUAGUUAUGAUGUUAUGUUGUAAUCGCCUUGAACAGAACGACACAGACGAGACACUUAGCUUCAUGUCCUUGUCGUCAUUUACACGUUCCUCCUAUUUUGAGUUGUAUCAUUAUCGUUGUCUUUAGCAUGCUUUAAUGACUAAACGUCACAUUACAUGUAAGUGUAAAAACCUGUUGCAUUUUUACAUCAUUGUUCUUCAGGAGCUGGAAUUAGCAUUAAGGCUUCCCAACAUUAGUUGUUUUGUUUUUUUAUGACAAACUGAUUGAUUGAUUGAU